UCCUCUGGGCGUCCAUUUCACCAGCCUGAAAUUAAUCAGCAGAGAGAGGGAGAGAGAGAAAAGGGGGGAGAACCCCCCCCUUGUCAUCUUGAUCCCCAAGCAGAAGCAGAGCAGCAGCCCCCAGGAAUUCACACCAAUACUCCCUCGCCAGGAUCUGCAGGCGGAGAGGAGAACUGCAACCCCCGGGCUCCCUAACUGUGAUCUGCUGGAGCAGGGGGAACCCCACAUCCUCCAGAUUCCCUGCCAGAAAUCUAGUGGACCAACCCCUCUUCAUUCCUCCCCAGGAUCCGCAGGAAAAGCCAUCAGGAGACCGCCUGUCCCUCCUCCACUCCAGCCCUCCCCACCCCCAGUUUGGAGGAGGUUGCUCCUUGCUGGCUGAGGGGGAAUUCUCUGGAUCUGGCUGGACAGCCUUUUUUACUUUGCACCAUCUGGGCUUCUUUCCUCCAUCUCUUCCACAGCUGACAGUAAAACCCAGCCUCGCAGAGCUCUACAAGGGGCUUUUCCUCCAUGCCACCCUGCAGCACCAACAGCUCCAGCUCCCAUGCGUGGAUUGUGUGGGUUUUGUGUGUGUAAAGGGGCUGCUGUAAUUUCAGCCUCCUGGACCUGCCCUGGUUGGAUUAUUUUUAUAGCUCUGAUUUGAAAAGCAGCCAUCAAGCCUUCCUGCCUGCCUGAUCUUUGACUGCUGCAGCUGCAGCUGUAUUAUAGCAGGGAAGCCUCAUUCCUGGGUUGCAGAGAGAGAAGGUUGCAGGAUCCUUCAAUCCCACCCCCUUCCUCUUUCCACAGCUCUGAGGAGAGUCCUGGCUCUUUGCAGCAUAUGUGGUGGAAGCCAGCACUAGGAGCCACUGCAGCAAAGGAAGCACUUGUCUCGGGUGAUUUGGGGGAAAGGAAUUGAAAAUAAGAGGGUAGAUUUUGUUUCUGCGGGUCUUGGCUUCAUUUCCCAAAGGCUCGUUCCUUUCAUGCAUGACACAGAUCCUGCUCUGUGAUUCCUUCAGGCGAUGGCCAUGCAGUAAAGAUGUCAGUGUACAGGGUGAACAGUGUCAAUGGGUUUUUGGAGGACUCCAGGAUGGAGGUUGGGGACAUGGGGAGGAUCCUCAGGAGUUUGGAAAUUGGGACCGUGCUGACCUUGUUCUACCAAAAAAAGUCCCAGAGGCCAGAGAGGAGGACGUUUCAGGUGAAGCUGGAGACCAGGCAGAUCAUUUGGAGCCGGACGCCUGAGAAAGUGGAAGGAGACAUCGACAUUCGGGAGAUAAAAGAGAUCCGCCCAGGGAAGAAUUCCCGGGAUUUUGAACGAUAUCCAGAAGAUGCUCGGAAACUGGACUCCGCCAUGUGUUUCAUCAUGCUGUAUGGCCCAGAUUUCAGGCUCCGGACACUCAGUGUUGCUGCCUUCUGUGAGGAAGACGUCAACCUGUGGAUGACGGGCCUGAACUGGCUGGUGACGGACACUCAGAAAGCCCAGACGCCGCUGCAGAUUGAAAGGUGGCUGCGGAAACAGUUUGACUUGAUGGACAGGACGAGAGAAGGCAGUAUCACAUUGAAGGAUCUGAAGGCCAUGCUGCCCCAGGUGAACUAUCGGGUGCCCAACAUGAGGUUCCUGCGGGACAAGUUAGUGGAAGUGGAAGCCAGGAGCGACAUGGCCUUCACCCACUUCACUCACUUCUACAAAAACCUAAUGUUCGAUGCUCAGAAAUCGGUCAUCGAGCAGCUGGAGCUAUCCUUCCCCUUGCGGAAUGUUGACCGGGCAGAGCUGUGCCAGAUUACACUGUACGACUUCCAGAAAUUCCUGCAGCACGACCAGAAGGAGCCGUGGGCCAGUGACAUCAGCAAGGUGCGGGAGUACAUGUGUGGCUACCUCCGGGACCCCUUCAGUGACAUGGCAGAACCCUUCUUCCAGCUGGAUGAGUUUCUGACCUACCUGUUCUCCAGGGAAAACAAGGUCAUGGAUGCCAAGUACGAGCGGGUGGUCCCAGAGGAGAUGAACUACCCGCUGUCCCACUACUGGAUCUCCUCCUCCCACAACACGUAUCUGACUGGGGACCAGUUCUCCAGUGAGUCCUCGCUGGAAGCCUACGCUCGCUGCCUCCGGAUGGGCUGCCGCUGCAUAGAGUUGGACUGUUGGGAUGGUCCAGAUGACCUGCCAAUCAUCUACCAUGGACACACACUCACCUCCAAAAUAAAAUUCCUGGAUGUCCUGCACACCAUCAAGGAACAUGCCUUCGUGACCUCUGAGUUCCCCAUCAUCCUCUCCAUCGAGGACCACUGCAGCAUUGUCCAGCAGAGGAACAUGGCCUCCCACUUCAAGAAGGUCUUUGGGGAAAUGCUGCUCACCAAGCCAGUGGACAUCAACGCCGAUGAGUUGCCUUCCCCCACCCAGCUCAAGAAGAAAAUCCUCAUCAAGCACAAGAAGCUGGUGGAAGGGAACCUUUAUGAAGAGGUCUCCACGGCCAGUUACUCGGAGAAUGACAUCAGCAACUCCAUCAAGAACGGCAUCCUGUAUCUUGAGGACCCCAUUGACCAUACCUGGAGCCCACAUUACUUUGUGCUGACAAGCAACAAGAUCUAUUACUCCGAGGAGACGUCCCGCUACCAGUCCAACGAGGAUGAGGAAGAGGUGGAACAAAAAGAGGAGUUUAACAACAACGAGCUGCACUUCAGCGAGAAGUGGUUUCACGGGAAGCUGGGCGGGGGGCGUGACGGGCGCCAGAUCGCCGAGAAGCUGCUGCAUGAGUACUGCACCGAGACGGGUGGGAAAGACGGCACCUUCCUGGUGCGGGAGAGCGAGACCUUUGUGGGAGACUACACCCUCUCCUUCUGGCGGUCCAGCCGAGUCCAGCACUGCCGCAUCCACUCCCGGCAGGAAGCCGGCACCACCAAGUUCUACUUGACGGACAACCUGGUGUUCGACAGCCUCUACAGCCUGAUCUGCCACUACCGCGAGGUGCCGCUGCGGUGCAACGAGUUUGAGAUGAGGCUCACGGACCCCGUGCCGCAGCCGAACGCCCACGAGAGCAAAGAGUGGUACCACACCAGCCUGUCCCGCCUGCAGGCCGAGCAUAUGCUGAUGAGGGUGCCCCGGGACGGAGCCUUCCUGCUGCGCAAACGCAGCGAGCCCAAUUCCUAUGCUAUCUCCUUCAGAGCAGAGGGCAAGAUCAAGCAUUGCCGCAUCCAGCAGGAGGGACGGCUCUUCAUGCUGGGCAGCUCCGCCGAGUUCGAGAGCCUGGUGGAUCUGGUGAGCUACUACGAGAAGCACCCGCUCUACCGCAAGAUGAAACUCCGCUACCCCAUCAAUGAGGAGACGCUGGAGAAGAUGGGCACCGCCGAGCUGGACUAUGGAGCCCUGUAUGAAGUGCGAACCCCUCACUUCUACGUGGAGGCCAACAAGAUGCCAAUGGCCAGGUGUACGGUGAAGGCCCUCUACGAUUACAAAGCCCAGCGGGAAGAUGAGCUCUCAUUCUGCAAACAGGCCAUCAUCCACAACGUUGACAAGCAGGAUGGAGGCUGGUGGCGGGGAGACUACGGGGGCAAGAAGCAGCUGUGGUUCCCAGCCAACUACGUGGAGGAGAUCAUGAACACACUGGUGCAGGAGCAGGACGAGUCUUCAGCAGAAAACAGCCCCCUGGGGAACUUCCUGAAAGGGUUCAUUGACGUACCGUCCUGCCAUGUAGUUAUCUCCAAAGACGGGAGGAGCUCCAAACCAUUUGUCUUCACCAUCCAUUCCCAGCAGAUGUCCCACCCGUCCCAGGCGCUGGACGUGGCUGCAGACACACAGGAGGAACUCAACGACUGGGUGGCCAAGAUCCGGGAGGCCACACAGAACGCAGACGCCAGGAUGCAAGAGGGGAAGAUCAUGGAGCGGAGGAAAAAGAUCGCCCUGGAGCUCUCCGAGCUGGUCGUUUACUGCCGCCCGGUGCCAUUCGAUGAAGAGAAGAUCGGCACAGACAAGGCUUGCUACCGGGACAUGUCCUCCUUCCCCGAGACCAAGGCCGAGAAGUAUGCAAACCGCAGCAAGGGCAAGAAGUUCCUGCAGUACAACCGACGCCAGCUCAGUCGCGUCUACCCCAAGGGCCAACGCCUGGACUCCUCGAACUAUGACCCGCUGCCCAUGUGGAUCUGCGGCAGCCAGCUGGUAGCCCUUAACUUCCAGACCCCCGAUAAACCAAUGCAGUUGAACCAGGCCUUGUUCAUGCUGGGAGCCCGCAGUGGUUACGUCCUGCAGCCAGACAUCAUGAGGGACGACUUGUUUGACCCCUUUGACAAGAGCAGCCUGAAGAUCGUGGAACCCAUCACUGUGCAGCUCCAGAUCCUAGGCGCCCGGCAUCUCCCCAAGAAUGGCAGGAGCAUUGUGUGCCCCUUCGUGGAGGUGGAGGUCUGCGGCUCGGAGUUUGACAGCAGCAAGAACAAGACGGAUGUCGUAGCUGAUAAUGGCCUGAACCCCGUGUGGCUUUUCAAGCAGUUCGUCUUCGACAUCAACAACCCUGAGUUUGCCUUCCUGCGCUUCGUGGUGUACGAGGAGGACAUGUUCAGUGACCCCAACUUCCUGGCCCAGGCUACCUUCCCCGUCAAGGGCCUCAAGACAGGCUACAGGUCAGUGCCCCUGAAGAACAGCUACACUGAGGACCUGGAGCUCUCCUCCCUGCUCAUCCACAUUGAAAUCAUCAACGCCAAGGAAGAAGACGAGGAGAACCUGUACUCCUCCAUCCAGCAGUUGCGUGACCGAGCCAGCGAGCUCUCCAACCGGGUCUCGAGCUUUGAGCACAGCAACAACUGUGACUUGCGCCACCAGCAGUGGCUGGACGAGCUGCGGGCAGCCAAGGAGCGGCUGGUGGAGCUGACCGAAGUGCGCAACAGGAAGCUGAUGGAGAAAAAGAAGAGAGAUCGACAGAUGGCCAACAAGCACAACUGAGCCAGCCGCGGGGCUCUCCCAGCUGGGGCCCUCUGCUGGGGAGCCUGGAAAUUCUUGCCCGCAGGAGAUCUGGCCGCUGAUACCAGCCAUCCCCCGACAAUCCACCUUUCCAGCUGGCUCGCUGCCUAUCACCCUGCAUCAGUCAGCUGCCCUGGGGGGAAGAGACAUUGGCUGCUAGAACAGCAGCACUUGCAGGACCUGGAGAGAACUAGCGGUGGUUCUGAAGAUGGGAGUGCAGGGCUGUGUUAGCACCUUCCCUGUUGUAAUAACCAAGCUUUUCAAUGAGCUGGAAACGGGGUCACAUGCCAGGGGGCGCAAUACCUCUCAAGAGGAUUCGAGCAGCCACCCGGGGCAGGGCUUCCCAUCCGCCACCUUAUCCCCAGUCAGUCUGAUCUGCUUCAACAUCUGUUUAAAUUUUUUUUUUUUUACCACCAUGAGACUUCCAAGAGGGGGGAGGGGAGAGGCACAUCUCAGGAGCUGUAGGUUCGAAGCCUUUCAUAGCUCACCAGUCUGUGUUUGAGGUGGGGUCCCUAGGUGACAUUUCUCUGCAUUACGAAACCACCGCAAGCCCCGGCGCCCUGGGAGUUCCAAGGGCAGCAGGGGGUGACUGCAGAGCAGGAUGAGGGGCAUCGGCCGAGCUGUGUGUGGUCCAGGGGGCUGCGGGUUAUAAUGGAGGGGC